CUUGUCUGUUGCUCCAUCCCCAUCUCUGCCAUCAUGGGUAUCGUUGGGACGCUAGCGUCCGUCGGCAUGGCCGUGGGCCCGCCGCUCGUUUACGUCGACCAAGCGUACAGCAUUAUCCGGAAACGUGACUCGUCCGGUUUCUCGAAGGACGUCUGCGGCGUAGUCAUCAUUGCGAACAUCAUCCGCGUGUUCUUCUGGCUCGGCGAGCGGUUCGAGCUCGCCCUCCUGAUCCAGUCUCUUCUCCUCAUCGUCUCCCAGCUCGUCCUCCUCUGGAUCUGUCUGUACUACACGCCGUCUGCCGGCCCAGGCGUGGCGGUCGGCGACGGCGACGAAUCCGACGAGCUGCUCGAGCCCGACACCGCGCCACCCGCCCGCCGCCCCUUCGGGUUCUGGCAGUGGCCGCGCCUGGGAUCGUACCUCGAGUUCCUCGCCGGCCUGAUCGUCCUCCUGACAAUCACGCACUUUGUUCUCGGCCGCUUCAAAUGGUACAUUGCCGGACUGGGGUUCGUGGCCCUCUCCAUCGAAUCCACACUUCCGAUUCCGCAGUUCCUGUCGAAUUAUCGGCGCAAGAGCUGCUACGGCUUCCGCAGCUCCACGCUCGCGGGGUGGCUGUUCGGAGAUUCGUUCAAGACGGCGUAUUACUUCGUGCGCAACAAUCCGCUCCAGUUCAAGGUCACCGGCAUCAUGACGAUCUGCUGGGACCUGGCUGUGCUUGCGCAGAGGAUAUACUACGGUGCCGAGGCGCCACACAAAGUUGCGUUGAGCCACGACGAGGAGGAGGCGUAGAUGCGGAGAGGACUACAAUAUGCACAUCUAGACCCGCUACCCUGUCCGAGCUACCGCUCAUCCAUCGUCGAGCCGCCUCCUCUAACCCCACCUUCCACCUCCCAUCUCCCACGUCC